UGUUUUCCACAGCAUAGGUUAAGUGAUAUCCACGGGCGUCCGAUAGGGGGUGAGUACAGUCACUGCCCCCUAUCAGGGCACAACAAAUUGGUGGCAAGCGGCGCGAUGUUGUUAUUCUGCUCGAAUUACCGGGCUUACGCACCGGAGAUGGUUAAGAAAUUUUAGGAAACGUGGAUAACUUUUAACCACCCACAAGUUUAAGUGGCAGUGUUUUGAUUUAUGUGUUGCCGUAACUAGACAUACGGAUUUGUAGGGAUCAAAUAUGUUUGCCGUGGCGCUGUGACUUAUUUUAAUUUUUAUUAAAAUUAUUUUCAAGGGAAGAUGCAUAUGUUUAUAAAUUUAAGCAGUGAGUGGUCGAACUUCAUUGAGAAUUGCUUUUGAAAGGAAAUUGUGGGACACCUACGAACAUAGUUUAGCUUACAGUAGGUACACGUUGGCCCUUUGGCGUGAAGCAUGGCUCGUGUGGGGGAAAUGGAGGUUCUCCAAGCACAGAUGGAGGAACUACGGGUUCAGUUGGAAACCCUCAGAAUUGGGGAGGCCCACAGAGGGCAGAGCAAGGACGUUUCACUUGUAGCCGGGAUAAAGGAAUGGACGGGGGAAAGUAAGGGGAGAUCUGUAUACGAGUUUUUAACGCAGAUAGAGACAUUGGCCAAGGUGAGUGGAUGGACUAGCCACGAUAAAGCUUUCAUUGUUAAGGCCAAAUUGCAAGGGUUGGCCCUGCAGUUCUUGAAUGGAAGGGAAGAGCUAGGUCGAGAUGGAUGUUCCUACGAAGUUCUGAGGCAGGCACUGAUUGAGAGGUUCAGUGACAAGCUCCCUGACCAGUAUUACUAUACUAGACUACAGGACGCGGUUCAGGGGAAGAACGAAAGCGCGGAGGAGUUCAGUGACCGUUGUAGGAAGAUGUGUCAAAGAACCAUCAGGAAGGUUAACGACGAAGGGACCCAGCGUAUAAUUAAUGAGGAGGCGGAACGUAGAUUGUUGGCAGCCUAUGUUCACGGUCUUAGGGGCAUAGUGGGGCAACAAGUACAAUUUCAGAUGCCCAGCACGAUGGAGCAGGCGGUGAGGUUAGCGGUCACAGUAGAAAACGUGGAGAAACACAAACAGCUAACCGAAGGAGUCAAGAAGGUAUUUACCGCUAGGAGCGACGUUGAAUGUUUCCGUUGCGGGAAAAGAGGGCAUUAUGCUAGGGAUUGCCGACAAGAAACCCCCUCCAUGACGUCAGGUCGGAGGUCGUGGCGAGAUCAGAGCUCUAGGCGGAGGGACCCACCCUCCCGCGACCUUCUGCUCACUCGAGGAGGUAGAGGAAGGGUCGGAUCAGGCAGGCAAAGCUUUCGGGGACCAGACUGCCCAAAAUUUUCUCGAGCUGCCCAGCACCCAAACGGUCAGGGUUCGACGUCCAGAUCCCCAGCGUCGAACCAGCAAUAGAGUGCACGACGGUAGGUCGGUCGCACGUAGGAAUUACUGGCCCAGAGUUGUUGCUAGAAAUAGAAAUAGAAGGAAGUUUCCACCAGGUGUUAGUAGAUUCAGGAGCCAGCCUGAGCGUGAUGAA